AUGGGAAAUAAUUUGACUGUUCAAGAAGAAGCUGAAGACCAAGAUAAUGUGUGUACAACAGAGAAUUAUCAGGUUGUGUCUGAACCUCCUACCGGUGCUAAAAAUGGACCUGUCACAAUUCAGGUUGUACAGACUGUUUCUUCUGAAAACGAUAAAGUGGAUGCAAGGACAAGUGUUGAACAGAAUAAUGUGGCCGUUUCUUCCCAGAAGACAACAGAGAUAAGCUCCACUUCUGAUGCAAAUGGAAAAAAUCUUGGGACUGAGGCCAAGAAACCGAUGCCAGCUGCAAAAUCUCGUUUUGUCUUUUCUUUUUCACGGCCUGUACCAGGACGUACUGAAGAGCAAGCUACAGACUCAUCAGUUGGAUCAGCUAAGCUUGAUGUCAGUUCAGAGAUGCCUGAAGUGAACAAAGCAUCAAGUGAGAAAGUAGAUAGUCCUGCAACAGCUGUGCUGGAGGAAGGGUCCGAUAAAAACCUAAGCCAGGCCCCUUCUGCAGCAGAACUUAGUGACACUGAACUAAUAGCAUUAGCAUCACCUGAGACAGAGGACGCAGCCUCAUCAAAGACAAAACAAGUAACUUUCUUUGACAGACUCUUCAAACUGGAAAAGGGGAAGGAGAAAGAAAAGAGUAAGACACAAGUUGAAACCCAAGAGGAAAGCCAGAUUGCGGACAUUCCUGACGCAGGCAUCACAGCAGAAGAGGCUGCUGGAUUACAGAGCACACCAAACAAUGUCCCACAGGGGAAGGACAUAGAUGAUUGCAACCAAAAAGCCGUGCAGCAAGACUCAGCAGGUGUCAAUACUGACGAGGCAGCAGUAAAACAAGAGAACCCCAAGGCAUUUGCCACAACAGACAACAAUAAUUCUGUCAUGAGUUUCUUUAAAACGCUGGUUUCACCAAGCAAAUCAGAAGCCAAAAGUGACUCUGAGGACAAGGAAUCCAAAGUGGAAAAGGGCCAUGGUGGACAUCCUGCUCAGAAGACAGCAGCAGAAUCCCAAGCUAAAGGAGCCAAGAAAAAGAAGUCAGAGAGUCCCAAAUUAGGACACAAAACAUUUAGCAAACUCUUUAGGCAUAAGUCCACAAAAGAGGCCCAACAGACAACUAAUGCCCAAGGUGCUGAACAACAGCCUGUCACCUCCGUCAAUGUAAAAUCUGAAAAAAAUGCCCCUCCCUCUCAAGAAUCACAGACAACAAAGCAGAAUGCAAAAGCCUCUGAACCUGCAACUCAGCAGCAGGCAACAGCAGCAACUACCGAAGCCCCCAAAGAUAUGACUAAGGAGAGAUCUGCACCUCCUUCCACACCAUUGAGCAAACUCUUCUGGAAAAAGACUGCACCAGAAGACACAGAGGUUGUAAUCAAUGUGAAAGUGGAGGCAUCUUUAGAAGCAGUGGCUCCUGACAAAGAUGAGACUAAAAGCCCAGAAACUGCAGAAGUAAAACUUAGAAGAGAAGAAAAUAAAAACCCCAAAACAAACCCGAGGAAGUUUUUUAAACUGUCAGUCAAAAAUGAUGGAGGGGCUACCAGUUCAGAAGAGGUAAAUGGGCCAGACCCCAGUCACCAAACAUCAGGCUCCACAGAGAGGCCAGUCGCGCCAACGGAAAGUGAACCUGUGGGCCAGAAGAGCAAGGAGAGUUCAAAAGACAAAACGUCUACAACAGAGCUGAGCAAACAGGAAACCCAAGAUCAGCAAGACUCCAGAGAACAGCAAACCACAGCCACCGACUCAAUCCAGAAUGGAGGAGACACUGCGAAGGACUCCCCCCUCAAGAAAAUGGAGAAGAGACAGUCAUUUGGAGGCUUUUUUAAGGGCUUAGGGCCGAAACGGAUGUCUGAUGCUGAAGUGCAAACAGAUCCAGUGUCUAUUCUACCUGCUGGAAAAUCCAAGUAA